GGCGGGCGGGCUCAGAUAGCAGAGCGUCCAGGCCCAGGGAAGCCACCCCUAAUCUCGAACAGCACCCAAAGCAGAGCCGCCGGGGAGGCUGCGGCGAGCUGCCGGAGGGAGGGAAGGGGAGAUGGCGAGCCGGCUGUGGAGGUGGUACGCGGACCGGCAGUUCCACAAGUGGGAGAAGACGGUGCUGUGGGACAUGGUGGAGCCCUACCGCCCGCCGCGCUCCUUCGCGCCGCUCGUCGGCACCUACGUCGCCGCCUUCUACACCGCCAUCGUCGGCGCCGCCGUCACCGAGCAGCUCUACAAGGAGAAGUACUGGGAGGAUCAUCCGGGCGAGGCGGUGCCGAUCAUGCCGCCCAUGUUCUACUGGGGGCCAUGGAGGGUGGUGAACGGAGAGGUUCCCCGCUUCAUCCAGACGCCCGAGGAAGCUAAGCCGGCAUAGAACUGCUUGGAGAUCGCUGGGGAUGCUGUGAAAUGUUUGCUGUUCACUGUCUGCUGUGUAGCUAUGGCAUUCCUGCAUUUCUUGCAAUUUGCAUUCUGGUGAUUGCGCACUGCCGUGAAUCAUAAUGGUCUUUCUAUGUAUCCUUGUUUGCACAAAUAAAUUGAUAUUUCUAUCACGGAGCAGAUUGUUUGCAUUUUA